UAUCUAGUUAACUUUUGAAAUUUGAAAUUUAUUACUCUAUGUCUACAAAGUUGCAAAAAGGUUUUGUUUCUUUCCCUGACGAAGUUAACUUAAGCGGUUUAAUUUUUGUUGACAACAAGAGUGGUGAUGAAGAAUGCAACUUGGAGUUAGAAGAACUACUAGAUGCCCAGCUAGGCGCCUCUUUUAUGCAACUGCCAGAGUCUGAAGAUGAAAACUCUAUAAAAUGUUUUCAAAAAUUGAGGACUAGAGAGCAAAAGCUUUAUACUAAGUCUGACCGUCACUUGUAUUUAGGGAAAGUACAGUUAUGUGAAGUAAAAGACUCUUUAUUAGAUUCCGAACCCCCUUUUGAAGUCGAACGUAGUAAUCUUGAUACUAGUUCGGGCAAUUAUUUUUUUGGUAAUAUAUCUCAAGAUUUAUCAAGUCAGCCUUUAAUGCCCAUUACAGAGAAAAUUUUAAGUAAAGAAAAUACUGUCAACUUGACUCUUCAAGAAAGUGAGAAGUUUGAAGCCUCCAAUAUUACUGACUGUUUUGAAAAAAGUUCUUCCAAAGAAAAUUCACUUAGUAGCAAUUUCAGUGUUAAUAUGAUUAGCGAAAACUUGGGUGCUCAAAGUCUCGACUUAUCCAGUCUAAGCGAGCACUUGGAAACUCCUUUUGAUCAACCUUUCAACCUGACUGAUAUUAAUAGAAAGGAGCCCAGCAAACAAUUUAUUCAUAACACAAUUUCUUGCCUUCAAAAUAGCACAAAAAAUAUUACUAUCUGGAGCAAAGAUGAGCCAGUGGGUAGCACACAAACCACUGCUUUUAUUAAGGAAGACGAGGUUUUGGUGGAAACCGUUUAUGAAAAUAAUUUUGGUUUAACCACAAACUCAAUAACCAGCCCGGUUAUCAGUAACGUUGUUCAAGUAACUUCGCCUAGAAGUGAAAAAGACUUGAAUUUUGAAGCUUCAAAAAAUGAUUAUGGCGAUGAGUGUGAGUGUUCUAAAGCUACAGCCAUUUCAUGUGAACAAGAAAACGAAGUAUUGACAAAAAUUCUUCAACAGUUAAAAAAAGAUUUGGUCGAAAGCGGAGAGCUUUAUUCCAAAGAUUGUACGGAGGCUAAGGGACGUCUACCGCGAUUUAUCGCGACAAAUUUCUAACUUAGCAGAUGGCUCUUAUAAAGAUAGAAUAAGAUUAAAG